GUUUCUGCAGCACACUGCUGCUGUUGCUCACAGCUGAAUGCGGGAAAUCAACAAGAAGUCAUAUUUAUGAACAUAGCACAUUCUGGAAUGAUACAUAACAUGCGAAACACUCAAAUACAUACAGGGAACCAGCAAGCAUACCAUCAAAUGUGGAUGCCCCAAAUGCAAGGAUAUCAUGGUCAACAACCGGGAAAUAUGACAAAUAACCAACGAGAACGAGGUCAUUCACAAGGAAAUCAGAUGCCAAUACAAGGAUACUAUGAUCAACAACCGGGAAAUAUGACAAAUAACCAACAAAACCCAGGUCAUUCACAAGGAAAUCAGAUGCCAAUACAAGGAUACUAUGGACAGGAACCACAAUCAUUUGAGAUGGCCAACCAGGAACAGAACAUAAAUGCACAGCAGAUUGGACAUUAAACUGCAUAUGCUGUAAAUAAAGAUCAACAAUUUCUUAUUACCGACAAUUCCACAAGAAGUGAAAUGUAAUGUUUCGUCUUAUUUAAAGAAACUCAUUCAUAUCAACCGUCCAGCCUGAAGAAAUGAAAAUGUAUGACAGUUAGAUGUAAAAAUGGCGAAACAGUGAGAAAAUAAUUUCGUUUUUAAAUGUCUCAUUACUUUUUUUUUCCUUCACGUAAAA